AUGCUUUUCCUUGUUUACAAGUUGGCAAAGUUGCAGUUUGUUUUUUUAGUUUUGUUUUCCAAUUUUUGUUUUUUUGAUAUCUGUACUGUGUUCUUGAUCGGCCCUCUGUACAGUGGUCAGGUCUGCUGUAACAUUUCCUACCAACUCCCUUGCUGUGUGCAUCAGCAGCGAGGUCACAUAUCCAUUGUGAUUGUUCCCAUCCCAGCCUCCCACCCAGGUCCAAUUUCAUUUCUCCCAUUGACAAGAUGCUUUAAAGGUUCUGAUUUUCAGCAUAUCAAACUAAUGCAAAACAAGUGUGUGGCCUUCACUACUGAGUCUUUUCUUUGGAAACCAUCACUGUUGAGAGAUGGGGAAAAUCUGAAUGUAUAA